AUGAAUAAAUUUAAUGCCAGAUAUGAAAAGUCGGCACUUUAUAAGACGGAAAUCUGUCGUAAUUGGCAAGAGACAGGGACGUGUCGAUAUGGAACUAUAUGCCAAUUUGCGCACGGCGAAAACGAAUUACAAAGGUUCAAACCAUACUUUAUUCAUAAAAUAAAUAAUCUACAGGUUGAGAAAUCAGCCCUCUAUAAGACAGAAAUUUGUCGUAAUUGGAAGGAGAAAGGAACAUGCCGAUAUGGUAAUAAAUGUCAGUUCGCGCACGGUGAAAAUGAAUUAGUUGCAACAACUCAUUUAGUACAAAAUCAAGUGCAGAACCUAGUUAAGCAUGACAACAAUAUUCAAGCGAACAUCCAAGCCAACAUGCAGACAACCAUGCAGGCGACCAUGCAGCCAACUAUGCAGCCAACUAUGCAGCCAAACAUCCAAACAAAUUAA